CAAAUAAUACUUUGUAUAGUUGACACCAGGGAAGGUUCUUUCCCUCUACUUUUAUUCUGCGACACUAAAACCUCCCCAAACAUUCCCUUCUCAUAUUCCAAUUCUAUAAACAUUUAUUUAUUUGAUUAAUUCAUAACUUCAACAUAAAAUAAUUUAAACAAACUACUAAAAUUAUUUUCAUAUUUAAUUCAAAAUCUCUGCCAACCAUGUCACCUUCCACUGCUGAAUCUUUCCAAGUUGAGAGCCUUGAGGCUGCAGAGCAUUUACUUGUUCGAAUUGAUGAUGGUAAAUUCGAAAAUGAUAAUGUAAUUGAUAGGUACAGUAAUGGAGGAGAAAUUAAAUUGGAAAUUAAGCAAUUGAGGAAAUUAUCGGAUAAGGGAGUGUGUAUAUUAGAUGGGGUGGACUUGAGAAUACCAAGGGGGAAGAUCGUAGGGAUCAUAGGGCCUAGUGGUAGCGGGAAAUCAACGGUUCUGAAGGCGUUAAACAGAUUGUGGGAGCCACCCACCGGAAGUGUGUAUUUAGAUGGAAGGGAUGUAUGUGAUAUUGAUGUGCUCUCUGUACGUCGUCGUGUUGGUAUGCUUUUCCAACUUCCCGCUCUCUUCCAAGUGGCAGAUAACGUGCGUUAUGGACCAAAAUUGAAGGGAAAGAAGCUCAGUGAUGAACAAGUGCAGAGAUUGUUAAGUAUAGCUGAUCUUGAUCACACUUUCAUUGACAAAAAUUGGAACGAGCUUUCUGUCGGACAACAACAACGAGUUGCACUUGCAAGAACCUUGGCCAAUGAACCCGAGGUAUUGCUAUUGGAUGAGCCAACAAGUGCCUUAGACCCAAUAUCAACUCAAAACAUUGAGGAUGCUCUUGUAAAAUUAAAGACAACAAAAGGCAUGACAGUGAUCAUGGUCUCUCAUAGUGUAAGACAAGUCCAAAGAGUAGCUGAUAUUGUGUGCCUUUUGGUGAAUGGUGUUGUUGUUGAAGUUUUGCCCCCUAAUCAACUUUGUGAUGCUAAGCAUCCCAUGGCUUUAAGAUUUCUUGAGCUUAGCUCUUAAUCUCUUCCUAAUCUUCACAAUUGUGUAAUGGGAAUGUAUUUUACGCGUCAAUGUGAGAACUUUAUUUAUAGAAAAAUAUAGCAAUUAGACAUUUUGUAUGUUAUAUGUAUUGUAACAACUUCGGUUUUUGAUGUUCUCUUUGAAUUAUCAUUGUUAACUAUAUGAAUAAUAAUAACAAAACUGAAAUCAGUUAAUAAUAUUUCAGUAAUAAAAUGUUAAUUGU